GGCUGGGACGGCACGUAACGUUCAGCUGCUCCAGCCUCCCUGCUGGCUAAUUCAUGCAUCACAGACCAACGAGAGAAAAAAGGCGAAAAAAGGAAGGGGAGUCUGGUACGGUUGUCAGAAGGUACGCAGCUCAGGCUUUGUCGUGCCUCCAAGUGUCCCGUAGCUGUCCUCUCGUCUGUUGUUGCUUGCAUAGACAACACCCUGUUUUCAACUGGUAAACCGGGCUCCGAAGCACAUAUUGUGGAAGUGGCUCUACCCGGUAUGCCCCAACAGCACAGCUAACACGGUUAACGGCUGACAAUGGCUUCGGUUCGGAUGGUCGGCAAAGUUACGGGGGGACUUUUGGGAAGUAUUCAGCUCCUUCACGGUGGUCUCAAAACUGCUCGUCCGGUUCCAUUUCUGCACCAGGUUCAACAGAGGCUGCCUCUACAUGGAAGUUGUCACACUCUUUUCUACAGUACACUCCCUCCCUCCAGUGAUGUGUCUUUGAAGUACAAAUAUGGCCGUUUGGCUCUGGAGGUCCCAUUGCCGUCCAGGAAGGAGAAGUGUCUGUUCUUCCUCCGACCCAUGCUGAUGAGUGUGGGUGACCUGAUCACAGAUCUGCAGAGAGAGGACCCUGGGGCCACUGCCUCCGUUCUGUCCGCGGAUGGAGAGCGUGUAGCCAACAACACACUGAUAGACGCUCUACUGGGCAAGGAUUUCCAGCUCGUCAUCAAUGGUGCAGUUUAUAACGUCUGCUCUCCUGAAAAUGUGUGUACAUCCAGUGAACGUGCCGUGGAGCUAGAGGACAUGAAGCAUGUUGUGCAUCUGCUGCACACAGCGCUCCACCUGCCUCAACACCACCUGCUUAAAGAGAGGCAGCUGCUGAAGAGACUGGACAACCUCAAACAGGAGCUGUCACCCCUGGAGAAGAUAAAGGCACAGCUGACUCAUAGAGCGGCGUUCCAUACCUCCAGGGUUCUCUGGACCGGCAUGGCCCUGUUAUCUGUCCAGGGUGGCGCUCUGGCCUGGCUCACCUGGUGGGUCUAUUCAUGGGACGUCAUGGAGCCCGUCACUUACUUCAUCACAUACGCCACCAGCAUUGGAGCCUUCAGCUAUUAUGUCCUUACCAAACAGGAUUAUGUAUACCCAGAAGUUAAAGACAGACAGUUCCUGAAUUACUUCUAUAAAGGGGCCAGCAGGAAGAAAUUUGACGUGAAUAAAUACAACGAACUGAAGGAUGAACUGAAUCAGGUGGAGGAGGACCUGAGACGUCUGAGAGAUCCAACUCAACUUCAGCUACCACUGGAACAGAUCCAACCAAAGCCAUGAAUGAAGCCAAGCCGUGACUCAUGGCACUUAUUCACGCCGGAGCAAAAACAAAUUUUCUGCUUUAUUUUAAUAAUGGUGCCUUUUUACCAGGAAUCCAUGUCAUUCUGUGUUUUGUUUAGUCUUGAUAAUGAUGCCAAUUAUAUCUUUCAGAAAAGUAUAAACACUGAGGACUAUUGAAGUAAAAAGUAUUUCCCUAACAUUGGGAGAAUCUCC